AUUUGAUCUAAAAGUAACGCUUUCUUACGUAAUAACGUCUCCGUAAAUUAUCAGCAGGGAGUUUACAGCCUCGCAGUGUUUCGUGGUAUCGCGUAAUUGUUGUAUUCUCAUUGUUCAUAAUUAAUUUCCGGCUUGGUUAAAAUGGCGUUAGCAUCGAUCUGCCGGGUAGGACGACUGUCAAUUGAUUCGACCUUCAGCCGCUUGGGAGUUGCCGCCUGCAGCAGUCCGUCGUUCUCAUCGUCUCUAAGAAACUUUUCUUCGAAAGCAACGAAAAUGGGAUUACCACGAGUUUUCUUCGAUAUGGCCGCCGACAACAAGCCCGUCGGCCGCAUCGUUAUGGAGCUGAGAAGCGAUGUCGUUCCUAAGACGGUGGAAAACUUCCGUGCUCUGUGCACAGGCGAGAAAGGAUAUGGCUACAAGGGUAGCAGUUUCCACAGAGUGAUCCCCAACUUCAUGUGCCAGGGUGGUGACUUCACCAACCACAACGGUACUGGAGGAAAAUCAAUCUAUGGCAAUAAAUUCGAGGAUGAGAACUUCACCCUGAAGCAUCUCGAGCCGGGCACUCUUUCCAUGGCAAACGCAGGGCCCAACACCAACGGCAGCCAGUUCUUCAUCACAACUGCUAAGACCAGCUGGCUUGAUAACAAACAUGUUGUCUUCGGUAAAGUCGUCGAAGGAAUGGACAUUGUUAAGAAGCUGGAAUCCAUGGGUACUCAGAGCGGCAAGACUACCAAGAAGAUUACCAUCGUUGAUAGCGGAGAGCUGUAGAUACUAGGCUGGAAUACUUGAAUGACUGUUUGCAUUUUAAUUAACCAGUUGCAUAAAACUAUCAUCAUCUCUAUCCACGAUAUUCAAUGCGAGGCAAACGUAUCAACUAGAUAUACUAGAACCAACAUACGCAAUACGGGUCGAACGCGACUCAGCUCACUGCCUUGUUAUUAUUUUAUCCUAACUGUGAGUACCCGAGGAUCGAAGAGAAUCGAAGAGAACAUGGCAAUAAAACAUACCGGUGGCUCUGCACACCAUUCUAGUAAAUUCCCCGUAGAACCGUGGGUGUCUCACAGAGAAUAAAUUUGGUCCCGUUAUUCGGGUGUCCAGCAAAGCGGCGAUUUCAAUGGUCCUGUAAAGAUCGUGUAAAACUUGAGUCUUUGCAAUGACGAAAAAUUUGAAAGUCUUACUUGCCUCCUGCAUGUCUUCGAACAUCUUUUCUCGACGCUGAAAUAUUCGAAUAGCUUCAGUUAUGGCUAACGGAUAGUUGUGGGCACCUUGGUAAUGAAAAGCCAGAAGUAUGGAUGAAAUCAGUGAGCUUUCAAUGAGAAAAGAAGUUUUCUUUUUUUCCCUGUUAAAACCAAUAGCUAUAAUUAGGAUGUCAAAUUUCCAAAGAAGUAACGUCUUUCCGUUAUCCCAAGCGCACACGAAAGAGGGCUUAAUACUGAUGUGAAGUAUUUUUUUUGCUUGUUUAAACCUCGUAGAUAUUUAAAUAUUUUUAAAAGAAUGAAAAUUGAUGUUACUACGUCUGCCUCGUAUAUGCUGAUCCUAUGAAUCACUUUACUUUUAAUUGAUUGUAAUUUUUAUACUUGAUUUAUUGGGUCCAAUGUAGAUACACUCUUCAGAAGCUUGUUAGCGUAAUUCAAACAUAGAUAUAUUAUAUGUGUGUGUUUACCUUGUACCUUGCUGUAGGUAAAGUUGAAUUGUUCAAAUACAUAUAAAUCGAGAAUAAAACUUGCUUGGUUGUGGCUAACGAUGUAUAACAACAAUUUAUAAUUUCGCGGUUGUUUUUUUUAACGCCGCUUAAUUUUAUAUAGUAUACAUUUACGUAUAUACUUUCACUACGUAACUUACGAUAUCGAAGAGUGUUAUUGAAUUGAUCCAACAAUUCCGGUUUCUACCACGUAAAAUUGUUUCCACAAAAUCCAAACUAAAAAAACAAAAACAAGAAAAAAACCGUGUUGUUUUUUCAUUUCCUUGGCUGUCCUUUUCAUCGUCUUCCUUAUGCUACUUAUAAUAAUAUUUUUUUCCAUUAUUUUCUAUCAUGCGAAAUAAACGUUAUCACUAUAACUUGA